UUCAUUGCUGCUUCUGCUGCUGAAUAUUCACUAAACGACUCGCAAAUACCCGAUAUCUUCACACUGGACUGAAUAAGCAAACGAUAUUGUUCUUCCAUGGCAUCAUCUGAGGUGGAUCAAAAGUAUCUGGGGCGAUUAGCCAGGGCAGUCGAAAAUGAUAAUACCAUACUCUCAUCAACACUCUUCAAGAUCCUGGGCCUCUCCCUCAGGCUUUCUGAGAAGCUCGUCGAGGUGAAGAAGCAGCGCAAGCCAGAUGCAACCCUCCAUGAAAACAUCAUGCGCAUCCUUUGGUUAGCGCGUGAAGGGCUCAAAAUGCUGCAAGAAUAUGUCAUUCCUUUUGUCAGUAACUGCGUCGAAUUAAAGGUUUUGGCCUAUAAGCUACGCGCCAGCUUCCAUCACAUCUUUGUCCUGUUUCGAAAUCAGCCUCGCGUUUCUAAUAUGCCGGGCUGGGAUCCCGAUGCCGUAUCAGCUGAACGUGAGAAAGAGAUCAUUAGUGCGGAUGACUACCAACAAACAAUGCGUCACACUCUUGAAGGGGGUCCUGUUGGCCCUCCUCCUGGCUUCGAAGCUCCGGUCUCGGCUCUCUCGCUUUCUUUCCUCCUACCUGCUAAAGACUAUCUGCCCACAGCCCACCAGUAUUUUGAAGAGGCUGCACAAUUGGCUGAUAGACUUCUCUGGGGCUCUCACUCGCUGCGGUUGUCAGUGAAGACGGAAUACGCUGCGUUUCUCUACGAAUGUGUCCAUGACGCCGAUGGCAGCCGCAGUCUGGCGAGAAGUACAAUAAAUGAGGUCUAUGAAGCGACAGAAGGCAUGGAUGAUGACAUGUUUCGGGAUGCUUGUGAAUUGGUCACCGUGUUGGGGAAGAUGAUGAAGCGUGGCCUCGGAUCUAGCAACACGCUUCACAGCAAAGCUCAGGUGCCACACUCUGUUCAUUCCAAUGAGACUACUCCUCCCAUUGGCAUGGAAAAUCCAAUAUAGCUUGAAAUGAGUGUGGUGAUGAGAGCGGGCUUGAGUUCCAACCUCCUAUUGAGCACGACAGGGUUAUGCCAUUCUGGUACCUGGAUCAGUUAGGCAAACAGCGUUUUGACAGCUAAUGUUAGUAUAUAUCCCUAUAUUUAGUUAACGUUCAAAUUUAUAUCCCCCCCUUCUUUUUCUCUCUCAAUACAGUAUAUCUUGCCAACAUAGCUGGCU